UAUAUUUAAUAUGUGAUUAUAUGCAGACCAUCUCAUCUUUUUUCAAAAUUUUUUUUUGGUAUAUAAAAUUUAUUUUCACAGCAUAAUAUUUAAUUAUAAUCUUAUCAGUUAGGUUAUUUAUUUUAAUUUAUUUGUCGAUUGUCUUAAUUAAGUUUAUCAUGUCAAGUUCAAGGGAAUUAGUCAUUUCUUAUAUUCGUGAUUAUAUAUCCAAAGAUGCCUCUUUGGCAAAGGUUUUGAAAGCUUUAGAUAAAGUCAUUGCUGAUGAAUCUAUUGAAUUAGUUGAUGUUAAAGACGAUUUAGAAACUUUUAUUGAAGAUGGUAAGAAAGAAAUGAUGAUGACUCUGACUCAAGUGAUGAUGAAGAAGAAGAUAAAGAAGAAGACAAAGAAGAAAAGAAAGAAGAUUCUUCAGAUUCAGACUCUUCAGAUUCAGACUCUUCAGAAUCAGGCUCUUCAGAUUCGGACUCCUCAGACUCAGAUUCCGAUUCUAGCUCAGACUCCUCUGAUUCCUCAGACUCAGACUCAGACUCAGACAAUGAAGAAGAAGAAGAAGAAACUUCCGAUAAAACUGAAGUCAAAGAAGAAACUGAAAAGAAAUCUACAGAAAAAGAAAAAGAAGACUCAGAAUCAGACUCAUCAAGCGAUUCAUCAGACUCAGACUCAGAUUCCAGCUCAGACUCAGACUCAGACUCAGACUCAAGUUCAAGCUCUGAUUCCGACUCAGAUUCAUCAGACUCAUCAGAUUCAUCCGACUCCGACUCCAGUUCUGAUUCAGAUAGUAGCUCGGAUUCAGACUCAGACUCAGACUCAGAUUCCGAAUCAGAUUCCGAAUCAGAAUCAGAAACUCCAAAAAGAAAGAGAGAAGAAGAGGAAGAAAAGGAGGAACCAGAGACCAAAAAGCAUAGAUCAGAUUCAUCAUCUUCCCAAACUGAAUCUAUAUCAUCAAACUCUUCAUCGCCAGAACCAAUUCCAGCUGAAGAAGAAGAAUUAAAACCAGGACAAAGAAAACAUUUCUCUAGAAUAGACAGAUCCAAAGUUUCAUUCGCUCAUGGUGCUUUACAGGAUAAUACUUAUAAAGGUGUAGCUGGUACUUGGGGUGAAUUAGCAAAUCAAAAAUUAACUCAAGUUAGAGGUAAAGAUUUCACUAAAAAUAAAAAUAAAAUGAAAAGAGGUGCUUAUAAAGGUGGUUCAAUCACUUUCGCCACUGGUUCAUACAAAUUCACUGAUUAGAUUCCCAUUUGUAACUAGUUAUUUUCUGUACAUUAUAUAUUAUAUUAUAGCAUUAGAGUAGAAUUAAUAGAAAUAGUAUACUCCAUAAAUUGC